AUGAUCAAUCUUAAUAUAUCCAAGACAAAAUCCAUGUUCUAUAUAAUCAUAUGUAUGCUGUUUGCUAUACCUUCUUGUGUUUUCUCAACUAAUGAGCUUCAUGAUCGCUGCAGUCAACCCUUUAGGUGCGGCGAUCAAAGCGGUCUAUUGUACCCUUUCUGGACAUCUGGCAGAGAAGACUGUGGCCACCCUGAGUUCAAGCUUAACUGUAGUGGUGGAUUCGCAGAGCUAAGUAUCUCCUCCGUGAAGUUUAGAAUCUUAGAGGCGAACUAUAACUCUCGUUUCAUAAGACUGGCGAGAUCGGAUUUUAUCGGUGGUCUUUGUCCUAAAGAUCCUUCAAAUGCGCCAUUUGACCAAAAAGUCCUUCCACUUGUUCCUACCACCGAGCUUCUAACAAUUUAUUACGACUGCCGCCAAGACUUUUCACAGUAUGUUUCUACUUAUGUUGGAGAGCUUGCUUGUGAUAAUGAUGAUGAUUAUGAUGAUGAAAGAAUAAAUUAUUAUGUGACGAGAAACCUCUCGUCCCCUCUAUUUGAAGGGAUUAGUAGCUUUUUAAAUGACUUCAGGGUAUAUUGCGAUAGAAAUGUCAGUAUACCUGCAUCUGGCCCCGCGCUGAACAGGCUACAGUUGAAUUCAAGUACAGAUAAUCUAAAGAAGACUCUUGAACAAGGUUUUGUGCUUGGACUUAACCAAGAUUGUUCGACGUGCACAGACGUUAUGGGUGCUUGUGGAUAUAAUAAGAGCUCAAGUGGAUUCAUCUGCUAUAAUAUAGAAGAAGCCAAUAACCGUACGAGAAAAAAAGUGUUCUGUAUUCAGAUCGAACUGACUUUUUUUUUUCUGGUGACAUUCCAUGGUGAAGACCUUUCUACUGGAGCAAUAGCAGGUUUAAUAGCAGGUGUUAUUCUGUUUCUGUUUCUGGUUUUAGCAUUGUUUCUCCAACUUAUCCGAAAGAGAAACAAAAAGGCAUUUAUUUCACAGCCAAAACUCAAAGCACUUAUUCCACUAAAGCAGUAUAGUUACUCACAAGUAAAAAAAAUUACAAAGUCAUUCGCGGAAGUGGUUGGAAGAGGAGGGUUUGGUACUGUCUAUAGAGGAACCCUUUCUGAUGGCCGUAGUGUUGCAGUGAAGGUAUUGAAAGACGCAAAAGGUUAUAGUGGUGAAGAUUUCAUAAAUGAAGUUGCAAGUAUCAGCCAAACUUCUCAUAUCAACAUUGUCACCCUGCUAGGAUUCUGCUAUGAAGACACAAGAGGUACAAUAGGGUACAUUGCACCUGAAUUGUUUUCAAGAAUGUACGGUAGAGUCUCACACAAGUCAGAUGUGUAUAGCUAUGGAAUGCUGGUCCUUGAGAUGAUAGGGGCAAGGAACAAACAAGAAGUUGGUCCUAGCACAAGUUCAAUGUACUUUCCUGAAUGGAUAUAUAAGGAUCUUGAGAUUAGAGGCAGUGGGAGUCAUAUGGAAAAUGGAGUCAGUAGUGAAGAAGAGGAGAUGGUGAGAAAGAUGACAUUGGUGGGUUUGUGGUGUAUUCAGUCUUCUCCAUCAGAUCGUCCACCGAUGAACAGAGUAGUGGAGAUGAUGGAAGGAAGUGUGGAUGCUCUUGAAGUUCCUCCUAGACCUGUUUUUCAAAUUCCAGCAGAGCCUCUUCAAGAAUCUUCUACACUUUCAGAGAAUAUAUCAGGGGGAAACUGUCCCAAAAGUUGUGGUCAUCCAUCGCUCAAGCUUCACUGCUUCAAAAACACAACGUCUCUAAUCAUCUCAGACCAUCUGUACGAGGUUCUCCAUAUAGAUGAAGCAUCUAACACUCUUAGACUUGCUAGAGCAGACCUUCGAGAUUCUUUCUGCAACGGUACAUUCACAGAUGCAACAUUGCCUACCGAAAUAUUUGAGCUUUCGCCAAUGUACAAGAGCCUCACGGUUUUCCACCACUGCAACUCUAAGCUUCCUUACCGUUCAAGUUAUACAUGUCCUGGUAAUAAAGGCCCUAUCUCAGUGUCUCAAACCAUUGAUUAUCAUAACUCCUGCACUGAAUGUUUCACAAUUAACGUUCCUAAGAGCUUUGUUCCGGAAGAGAAAGAGUUGAACAUGACCAAAUUUCAAAGUGUUUUGAGUAAAGGAUUUGAGGUGAAGAUCAUGAGCUUCACACACGCUGCAUUACCCCCUUUUAGCUGCGGCAAUCAGAGCGGUCUCUUGUACCCUUUCUGGAUACCUGGAAGAGAAGAAUGUGGCCAUCCUGACUUCAAGCUCGACUGUCACAGCAGUGUCGCAGAGAUUAACAUAUGCUCUGUUAAGUACAGGAUCUUAGCGGCAAACUAUACAUCACGUGUCAUAAGAUUAGCAAGAUCAGAUUAUUCCGGUGGUUUGUGUCCCCAACACCCAAUAAACGGGCCGUUCAGCCAAAACGUCCUUCCCUUUGCGCCUGAUACCGACAUGCUGACGAUUUAUAAUGAAUGCCCAUCCGACUUUCCAAAGUAUGUUUCUUCUUACGUUGGAGAUCUUGAUUGUGACGUUAAUGAGAAAAGUUACUAUGUGACAACAAACCUCUCGUCUCCUUUGAAAGAUUUGGGUGGAAUGUGUAAAAGAAACGUCAGUAUUCCUGCAUCUGGACCGGCGCUGGACACACUGCAGAAGGAUACAAGUCGAGAUAAUCUAAAGAAGGCUCUUGAAGAGGGUUUCAAGGUUGGACUUCACAAAGAAUGUUUGAUGUGCAUGGACUCUGGGGGAGCUUGUGGAUAUAAACAUGGCUCAAAGAGUUUUCUCUGCUACUGUGUAGAUCAUCCUCAUGGCCGUACCUGCAGAAACAAAGGAAUGGAGUAUGCUUUUGGGUUGGUGGCAAUCAUUCUUAUAGCCGGAGGUUUGUACUGUGUUAUCAGCCGGAGAAGGAAAACAUUAGAUGUUCCUAGCCAACUUAAUCUAAAGGCCCUUAUUCCGCUGAAACACUAUAGCUAUGCUCAGGUAAAGAGAAUCACAAAGUCGUUCGCCAUAGUUGUCGGGAAAGGCGGAUUUGGAACUGUCUACAGAGGAACCCUUUGUGAUGGUCGUAGUGUGGCGGUGAAGGUCUUGAAAGACACAAAGGGUAAUGGUGAAGACUUCAUCAAUGAAGUUGCGAGCAUGAGCAAAACAUCUCAUGUCAACAUUGUUACCCUGCUAGGAUUCUGUGCUGAAGGUACCAAGAGAGCCAUUCUUUACGAAUUUCUAGAGAAUGGAUCUCUUGAUAACUUCAUCUCAAGCACAAAGUCAUCAAAUAAAGACUGGAUGAUGCUAUAUGGAAUUGCAUUAGGCAUUGCUCGUGGACUAGAGUACUUGCACCAUGGAUGCAGAACAAGGAUUGUACAUUUCGACAUAAAACCGCAGAAUGUACUCUUGGAUCACAAUCUUUGCCCCAAAAUGUCAGACUUUGGCCUUGCUAAGCUUUGUGGGAGGAAAGAAAGCAUGUUGUCGUUGCUAGACACAAGAGGUACAAUAGGGUACAUUGCACCCGAAGUGUUUUCAAGAGUGUAUGGUAAAGUCUCCCACAAGUCAGAUGUGUAUAGCUAUGGAAUGUUGGUUCUUGAAAUGAUAGGAGCAAGAGCCGAACCAUCAACUGAAGACAAUGCAUCUACCACAAGCUCAGUAUACUUUCCAGAAUGGAUCUAUACGGAUCUUGCGGAGGGAGACAGUGGAAGGCCUAGAGGAAAUGGAAUCACCUUUGAAGAAGAGGAGAUAGCAAAAAAGAUGACAUUGGUGGGUUUGUGGUGUAUUCAAUCUUCCCCUUCAGAUCGCCCAUCGAUGAACAGAGUGGUGGAGAUGAUGGAAGGAAGUCUUGAUGAUCUUGAAGUCCCUCCAAAGCCUGUUUUACAAGCGCCUCUUCCAGAAUCUUCUACGCUUUCAGAGGAUAUUUCUGUUUCUACAGAAAUAUGUUCAAUGAAUAUCGUAUAA